CUUGUUCUCCCCACUGUAUGCUCUUUUCCUUUGAUCUUUUUUUCCUCUCUCAGGAAGAAAAGAGAGAGUUGUAGUGAUGAGGAGAGUGACUCAGUCCAUUUCUCCUGACAGAUGAAGAUAGGGAAGAAGCACUGUCUUACUCUGUUCCAUACGGGCUACAUUUUUGAGUCUCAGCUCUGAGACUAACAUCUGUCUUGGUUUCAGACGAAGUCGCAGUGUCUCUUCUCCUUCAUACACCAUCUCUCUCGCCCACCACCAGAAAAUGAGUCGCAGGGAUAGAGGGAGAGAAAGAAAGGGAAAAAGAGAGGGAGCGUCGGAGUGAACUUGAGAGGGAGAACGAGCGGGUAAGAGGAAGGAGAGAUGAAUACUCAAGUUGAACAUAGCUGUUGUCAAUGAAGAGCCAUGAGAGUUACUGUAAAUGGCCUAUGAAACAGCACAUCAUGAACCAAAUACAAGCCAGAUUCUUACUUUCCAAUGUUUUCACUUUUGUACAUUGCUUGUAUUACAUUAUAAUUUGGGAAACUAUGCUCUAAAAUCAUAGUCCAAAGCUUUUGUCUGAACAAUAUUUUUGAAAUAAAAUGCUUUUGCAUGACCUUGCCUUGUUUUAUGAAUGGCAUCAAGUGAUUACUUCCUGUUCAGCACCAAAACCAAACACACCUCCCCCCUCCUCCCUGGGGAAGCUAGUGUGGCAUCCUAAUUAACCUAGCUGCUAAGGAGGCAUUUUUCAAUUAGACUAGCUGAUUAAUCUCUCCUGUUCUGUGUAUAUGCACUCUCAGCUCCUGGUAGCUAAACUCUGAAACACCCACAUUCCCAUGGGUGUAGUGUACCCCUGGUCUAGCAUUGAUUGGUUGGGUAACUAGGGAAAUGCCCUUUGCUGUGAUUUUAGGUGGAUGGGUAUGGUAGGAACUACUUUGUAUUUGUCUGGUGUCCAUGGCGAUUUUACAUUGGUAGUUCUGUGGGAGGUUGGGCUUGUGUUCAAUGCUACAGAAAGAGUGAGUGUUUAUGAAAGUGUACCUAUAAUAGAUGGGCAGCAAUCAAUAUCUAUUUUGCUGUGCAUUUGUAUCUAUGACCAAGAGUUGUUGAUAUUUGGAAUAAAACAUCUAGCAGUGGAUUAGAGGCUGCAGACAGACACUGGAAUAUAACUACUCUUAGAAGAAACUGGGAAAACAGGGCCCUGGAUUAGGAUCCAAAGAGACUGAAGAGUAUUCUACCCAGAACUCUAACUCUAAUUCAGUAGCUGAGAUGGAGACCCCAAUGCCGGAGUUGAGAGAUGCGGAGCCAGUGGAGAUGGGUCUCGGUGUCAACGGGUAUCCCUUCCAGAACGCCCUCUACAUAAUCUUGGUCCUGCUGGGUAUUGUGGGUAACGCCACGGUGGUUGGCGUAAUUAGUGAGAGCGUAUUCAAAGACCCCAGUGGAGGACGUAACUCAGACAUCAUCCUGAUAAACAUGGCCCUCUCCAACCUGCUCCUUUCUCUGCUGAGGAACGUCCUGCUGGUCAUGUCUGACCUGGGGCUGGAGGUAAGGAGCUGGAUGCGAUUGUUACAGGGGUCGGGCACUGUGGUAGGGGGUGCCAUGAAGAAUGAGGGCUGUAUGUGGGUGCUUGAGCCAAUGGGGAAGCAAGUAUGGAAAGUGUGUGGUUUGGGCUCAAAGUAAAAGGGUUGUAAUUUGGAAUUUGAGAUAUUGGAGGGAUUUGAGCUGGUCUUUGAGGAAUGGCAGUUUAAAAUGCAAGGGUUAUGGAGGGUGGUGUGGUCUGUAACUAGAGAUAUGCCAUGUGAAAAGAAAGCAAUCUGACAAUAUACCAUGCCAUACUUACUGAUAAGAGCAUUGUUCAGGUAGGCACUAUAGUGUACACACAUAAAACCUAACACCCAGCUCUCUCUCUAGCUGAACUCUUCCAGAGAUGGGUGUCA